AAUCAACUUCCACACCGCAGUAGUGACAGGUCCUUCGAUCGAAGUCUCUACGUCUACCUUUCUCAUUGCGACUUUUGAUUCACAGCUGAAUCCUGAAUCGAGGAGCUGGACAGCAUCAGGCAACAAGAUGCGGGCUUCAAUGAUGCAAGUGGCCGCAGCCAAGUACAUGGCAUAUAUCCUCUUGCUAGCAUUGUCGCCAUUGCUGGCCGCAGCGCAAUCCGAUGACACGCCACAGCUGGGCAUUACAACCUCAUUCCCGGGGAACGAACUCUCGCUUGUCAAGAAUGGACAGCUCAACCGAGUCGUCUUCUCCAUCUCCAACCUGCCCUCAGCAGACCGUGUGUUGACUCUGGAAGGCAUCACCGGUGCAUUCUUGAAUCAGAAGAAGCUUGAUGGGCAAAGGGGAAGAGUGGUCCGUAACAUGACCACCACAAAGCUCAAGAGCGUGCCUUUGCGCAUGGUAGGCGGCAAGCCCGUGCAGGUGCCGUACGACUUCCACUCCGAGUUCAAACCACAAAAUAUGGAUGUCGAGUUCCGCCUGCUUGUCGCUGACGGCCAAACGAGUAAGGCCCAUAACCUGCUCGCGUACAAGGGCAGCGUGACUAUCGUUGAACCUCCGAAAAGUUGGUUUGACAUCCAAUUGCUUUCGCUGUACGCACUGUUGGCCGCUGGCAUCGCCUUCUCCGGGUCGUUUGCUUAUAAGUCAUACCUUGGAGGCUCCAAGCGGAAAGGUGGAAGCACGCGCAAAGCUGUUGAGCCAGCGACAGCUGCAAGCGUGGCCGCUCAAAGUCCCGCGGCAUCGUCUAAAACGGGGUACGAGGAGGAUUGGAUUCCCGAGCAGCAUCUCCGUACUCGCUCAAAAAAAGGCAAGGGAAAGUCGUAAGAAGACACUUUCUAUAGGGAAAAAUGAAAUUUGAAUGCCUGCAGUUGCUAUUCCCCAGUGCAAUCAUCGUUGUAAGCAUUCAACUACAGCGCUCUCUCCUUGCCAUGGUGGUAACUGAUCUCC